AUGAGUGGACGGUCAGAACAAAUUCUCUCCGCACUUGGAAUAAGAUUAAAUCGCCCAUUGAAGAGUCAAACAAAUAGCUUUUUAAGAUUAAGCUCCACUAAAUCAGGGAAGGACAUUUUGCAGUCUAAGCAAGCAGGUGGAAACAUAGUAGUUGAGAAAACCCAAAAUCCAGGAACAUCACAACAACCAGAUUGUGAACAAUCUUCAAAUCUAAAUUUAGUACAAGUUGUUGAAGGUUGUUUAGAGCUUAAACCAGUCAGUGAGCCAAUCCGCCUUAUGCAGACUGCAGGUUUGGAUACAAAUGAAACUAUCCUUUCUCCUUCCACAAAGCCAGAAGAAAAUCUCGAUAGUAAAAAAGAUUCAGUAAAAACGUCUAAUACAUGUAAACCUGGUCACAGUUCUUCGACUAGGUCAGGUUCUUCAACCAGCUCAGGUUCUUCUAGUAGCUCAGGUUCUUCAACUAGCUCAAAUGCUUCAUCAGGCGACUCAUCAUCAGGCAGUUCGUGUUGCUCAUCUCAAGUGGAUGACAGUGAUGCAGACCCAACGUAUGAGAUUAAUGAAGACAAUGAAUCAGAAGAACCAAACAGUGUCACAGAGCUAGAUAUCAAAAAUAGGAAGUCGCGUAAGCGAAAACGAAAUCCAGAUGGAUGGAAAAGAAAUAUCUCCAAACAACUAAGAAAUAGUGGCAAGGAGUAUCGUUCUCUCAAAACGGGAAAAUUAGUCCCGCCUAAGAAAAUUCUACCACCGUGCAAAGCUACCUGUAAACUGAAAUGUACUACGAAGUUUAGUGAAGAAGAUAGGCAACAGUAUUUCAAAGAUUUCUGGGAAUUAGGAUCCUUGGAACGUCAGAGGCAUUUUAUCCUAGAUCACAUGCAAAAUAUCCAACCAAAAUAUAGACAUGUUGUAAUUGAUAGAAAGAAGGAGCGAUCUUUAAACAAAGCAUAUUAUUUCACAAAAUUGUAUCAACGCAAACAAGUAUGCUUUUUAUAUUUUCGAAAUACACUUGGCAUAAGUGAAAGAUUUGUCAGGACAGUAAAAACUAAAGAAAAAGAUGGAUGGUUGGAUGUAGACUUGCGUGGAAAAAACAAACACUCAGUGGUUCCUGAAGAGAUCAAAUCUGGUAUGAGGAAUCAUCUUUCCUCUAUACCAGCUGUGGAUAGCCAUUAUACCAGGGCCAAUACACAAAGGAAAUACAUAGAGGGAGGUAAGACUGUUACAGAUUUAUAUAACGAUUAUGUAAAUUUAUGUAAAGUAAAGAACGAAGGUCAUGGUUCACUAUCCCUGUACCGUCAUCUAUUUAAUUACGAAUACAAUAUGUCUUUCCACAUUCCCAAAAAAGACCAAUGUCUUAAGUGCACUACAUACAAAAAUUCAAAUCCAGACGAACAACGUGAAUUGGAAUUGGACCAUCAAAUUCAUAUAGAAGAGAAAGAGUUAUCGCGUGCUGAGAAAAACGACGACAAGACAAAACGCAGCGAAUUAUUCCAAGUUGCUUGCUUUGACCUACAAGCUGCUCUUCCGGUUCCUAGAGGAGACGUAUCUUCUUUUUAUUAUAAAUCGCGAUUGAACUGUUAUAAUUUUACAGUUUGCGAACUUCAACAAAAAGAAUUGGGACCAGUUGAAUCAUUUUUUUGGCACGAGGGCGAAGGACAGGCAUCUGAAAUAGGAACUUGCCUUUUAAAAUUUUUGAAAAAAAAAGCUGAUGUUGCUAACUCAGAUAACUUGAAUAUCGUUCUUUACUCCGACAAUUGCGGGGGACAAGGAAAAAAUAAAUUUAUCAUAACAGCUUUCAUGUAUGCCAUAGCACAUUAUAAAAUAAAUAGUAUAACUCAUAAAUUUUUUGUAGUAGGGCACGGACAAAACGAGGGAGAUGCAAGCCACUCCGUAAUUGAAAAAGCUAUCAAAAAGGCCCUUAAAAAUGGACCAAUUUACAUACCUGCACACUACGCUGCUAUAAUCAGUUGUGCAAAAAAAAAGGGAAACAAAUUUAGAGUACAUGAGCUGGCACACGACGAUUUUUAUGAUUUGAAAGACCUUACAGAGAAAGUAACCAAUUCUCCGUUCAAUGAAAAUUUUCGAGGUGCUAAAUUCAACUUUAAUGAUAUACGCAUAGUUAAAGUUGAACGUGCUCAUUUGGAUCGUUUCUUCUAUAAAAUGUCCUAUAAAGAACCUGAAUUUCAAGCUGUAGUCAUAAGGGAUACUAAGACAAGACAAAGAAAAAAACUUAACAAAUUGGAAGAAUACAAUUUGGUUCCAGCUUAUUCAGGACCACUUCCUAUUUCUAAAAGAAAAUUUUCUGAUUUACAAAGCCUGCUACAAAAUAAGUCAAUUCCUGCCGCCCAUAAGUUAUUCUAUACCAGUUUACAUAAUGAAGAAGACGAACAUGGUGAUUAG